AUGAGCUUUUCGGUGGAUCUGGUUUCAGAAGACUCUUUUUAUGAAAACAUAACUUUGGGUAUAACAAGAGUUUUGGAGUCAGAUCCACGUAUAUCCAACGUUGCUGUAGAACGAAGACCGCCAUGUGAUCGUGUGACUAUUUCUAAUUGGGAGCAAAGACAUUCAUCAAUAUUACCCGAGGAUCUUCGCAACUUCUAUGCUUCGAGUGACGGAUUUCAACUUACAUGGCAUUAUAAAUAUUCAGGAAAGGAUAACUAUAAUACUGAUGAAGUUCUUCCUGUCGGAUCAAUACGAGUCAACUCAUUAAGUGAGUUGUGUUUAUCGCCGGGCUUGAAGGACCUUUUGGACUUCUCGUUAACAAGACAGAGCUCUGGCCCUCGACCAUUACUUAACACCAAAAGCAAAGUGUUCGAAUUGGAUGCCUGCAGAAAUAUCGGAAAGGUUUGCCUUAUAAAUACAAGUGGAUCAUGGUCCAUUUGGCUAGCGACACGUGAUGGAGCUUGGGGUUGGCUGGCCGACUCGUUUACUCAUUAUUUCAGGAUGGCCCUAGUACACCUUGGACUACCCGGUUGGCAGGCCGCUUUCUCAAAUUUACCUUUAAUUCCUUGGGCAGAGCAAUUAUUUCUGCUGCUAGCUCCACACUUGUUGGAAAGAACGGAACAAGAAACUAGUUUAGUUGCAACUGGAAGCGAAACGGGGUUCAAUCAUAUAGAUCCAAAUAUAUUCAAAUCAUCUGUUCGUCAUCACAAGAACAGUCGUCAAUCAAAUUAA